CCGCCGCCGCCGCCGCCUCCCGCUCGCUGCCCAAAACAAAAUGGCCGCCACGCCCAGAGCCGAGUGGGACCGGCUAAAAUGGCGUCGACGCAAUUACGCCAGGCGUCAGACCCGCGCCCAGCUGGGUGAUGGGAGAAGGCUUUUGUUCAUGCAGAUACCUCCUAACAUGUCUACAUUUAUCCUAAUAAAAUUCCAGUGGAAAUCCAUGGCUCAAGUGCCACCUCUUUGGAGAAGCCCACUUCAGUCAGUCUUUCCCUUCUAGACCGUGAGCCUUCUUUAAUGAUGCGUCUGCAUGGGUCCUAACCCUUAACGGGUGAUUAACAAAUUAGGGUAUUUUGUCUUGAACCAAGAAAAAUCGAGGAAAGAAGUCUGGAGAAGAAGAAGAUGAUUGGAGAAGCGGGAGAGCUCAGUCUGCAGCAGUUCUUUUAGCUCCUUCUUGCUCAGCUUGUACUUGUCUCCCUCCUUGCCCGAGUGGGCAUGGAACACAUUGAUGAGAGUCUCCAUCGCUGUCUCCAGCUCAGAGCCCAUCGCGCAGCUCACCUACCCACCCCCACCAUGGAAAAUCAGGCCUUCCAUCAGGUGAUGGUGGGAAGGGAGAGAGGAAUGACCAAGCCUUUCCCCAGAGCCAGGGCUCCCAGCGAGAGGGAGAGGAGACCUCCGGGGCCUUGUCCCUGCUGCUGCCCCCUCCCUCGCCUCGGCCCAGCCUGGAUGAUGCCUGGGGCGCUGAACAAUGGGCCCUGAUCGAAUGACCUUCCACCUUUACAAUGGGAACCUUAGUCCUGAUGGCAGCAGAGCCACUGACUGAGCUGGAGGCCGCCAUUGAGACAGUGGUCACCACCUUCUUCACCUUUGCGGGGCAGGGGGGCCGGAAGGGUAGCCUCAGCAUCGAUGAGUUUAGGGAACUGGCCACUCAGCAGUUGCCUCAUUUGCUCAAGGAUGUGGGCUCCUUAGAUGAGAAGAUGAAGAGCUUGGAUGUGAAUCAGGACUCCGAGCUCAAGUUCCACGAAUACUGGAGACUGAUAGGGUUGCUGGCCAAGGAGAUCCGGAAGGAGAGGGCCCUGGAGAUCCAGAAGAAGUAAAGCCCUGACCAGGAUAGUGCUGGGCGGUGCUAGCCAGGCAGAACCCCACUCCCUCCAAAAAAAAGCCUCUUCCUUGAAACACAAAUGUUUCUUAUUCCCACCCUACCCCUCUUUUUUCUCUUGAGAGUAGACAGUGCAUAAGUUCUGCCCUGAACCAAGAGUGGGUCCAAAAAUUAUGAGCUUUCGGGGCGCCUGGUUUGGCUCAGUUGGUUAAGCGUCUGCCUUUGGCUCAAGUCAUGGUCCCAGGGUCCUGGGAUCGAGCCCUGUGUCGUCUCCCUGCUCUGCGGGGAGCCUGCUUCUCCCUCUCCCUCUGAAGCUCCCCCUGCUUGUGCUUUUUCUCUGU